AUGAUCGCAAUUGGCAUGGAAGGCUCCGCCAACAAAUUGGGUAUCGGCAUCAUGCUGCAUCCCAAGGAUGGUAGUCCCCCGCAGGUCCUCGCCAAUAUCAGACACACCUAUGUCUCCCCGCCAGGCGAGGGCUUCCUACCCAAGGAUACAGCGCGCCACCACCGAUCAUGGGUUGUGAAGCUGGUAAAGCAAGCUCUCAAAGAAGCGAAGGUCACCGUCGAUGAUGUGGACUGCAUUUGUUUCACCAAAGGACCCGGAAUGGGUGCCCCGCUACAGAGUGUGGUGAUCGCCGCGCGGAUGUUGAGUCUGCUUUGGGGCAAAGAGCUAGUCGGAGUAAACCACUGUGUUGGACACAUCGAAAUGGGCCGACUCAUUACCGGCGCAACAAACCCAGUCGUCCUAUACGUCUCCGGUGGUAACACACAAGUCAUUGCAUACAGCUCGCAGCGGUAUCGCAUCUUCGGCGAGACCCUCGAUAUGGCAGUAGGGGACUGUCUGAGACCGCUAGCGAAGCAAGGAAAGCAGCUAGUCGAUCUACCCUAUGUCGUGAAGGGCAUGGACUGUUCAUUCUCCGGGAUCCUGGCUGCGAUCGAUGGGCUCGCUAAGCAAUGGGGGCUAGGCGGGGAAGAGAAGGCGCGAGAAGACGAGCAGAAAACGGCUGAUUCUACUACCGCUGCGGACGAGUCAUUGGAAAGCAAGCCCACACGCGCAGAUCUGUGCUUCUCCCUCCAGGAAACUGUCUUUUCAAUGCUUGUUGAGAUCACCGAGCGCGCAAUGGCGCAUGUUGGAUCGAAGCAGGUUCUUAUUGUUGGUGGUGUUGGAUCGAAUGAGCGUUUGCAGGAGAUGAUGGGUAUCAUGGCACGGGAUCGCGGUGGAAGUGUCUAUGCCACGGAUGAGCGGUUCUGCAUCGAUAACGGGAUUAUGAUUGCACAGGCUGGUAUGCUGGCAUACGGGACCGGAUUCCGGACCCCUCUGAGUGAGAGUACUUGUACCCAGCGCUUCCGUACAGACGAAGUGUUUGUGAAGUGGCGGGAUUGA